GGUCCUAGGCUGACCUCUAGCUUUAGUGUUUUGGUGCCGGUAACUGAAGAGAGUGGUGUGUGUGACAGAUGGUUGUGCACUUACCUGAGACAUGUAUAUGUUUAUAACGUGUAAAUGUCCGCACAUCUCUGAUUAGGUUACUGACACAAACAGAGCACACUGCUUGUGAGAUCUCAGUUUUGCACCUAACUGGCACAUCUCCUGUAGCAGGCCACAAGUAUACACCUGAAGCCAAAAGAUGGGUGUGAUAGGUGUGCAGCUUGUUGUUACCAUGGUGAUGGCCAGCGUCCUGCAGAAGAUCAUACCACAUUAUUCCCUUGCUCGUUGGCUUCUCUGUAAUGGCAGUUUAUAUUGGUAUCAACAUCCAACAGAAGAAGAGCUAAGAACGCUUGCAGGAAAACAACAACUUAAAGGAAAGAACAAAAAAGACAGAAAAUAUAAUGGACAUAUCGAGAAUAAGCCUCUGACUAUUCCAAAGGAUAUUGAUCUGCAUUUAGAAACAAAAACUGUAACUGAAUCUGACACUUUAGCACUUCACUACUUCCCAGAGUAUCAGUGGUUAGUGGACUUCACUGUUGCAGCUACUGUGGUCUACCUAGUAACAGAAGCCUACUACAGCAUUGUGCUCCCGUCUCAGGAGAUGAAUAUCAGCAUUGUGUGGUGCAUGCUUGUUUUGGCUUUUGCUAUUAAAGUGUUGUUCUCAUUAACAACACAUUACUUCAAAGUUCAAGAUGGCGGAGAAAGAUCAGUUUGUGUUACAUUUGGAUUUUUUUUCUUUGUCAAAGCAAUGGCCAUCCUUAUUGUGACAGAAAACUACUUAGAAUUUGGACUUGAGACUGGCUUUUUAAAUUUUUCAGAAAGUGCUGUACAGUUUCUCGAAAAACAAGGGCUGGAAUCCCACGGACCUGUGUCAAAGCUUACUUUCAAAUUUACCCUUGCUGUUCUCUGUUCACUCAUUGGAGCUUUCUUGACAUUUCCGGGUUUGAGAUUGGCUCAGAUGCAUUUGGAUGCCUUAAAUCAAACACAUGAUAAAAGUACACAGUUUCUGCUUCAUAUAAACUUUUUGGCCCCUCUACUAAUGGUUUUACUGUGGGUGAAACCAAUAACUAAGGAUUAUAUUCUGAAUCCACCGUUGGGCAAGGAAAGUGUUCCUUUAAUGACAGAAGAAACAUUUGAUACUGUGCGUCUUUGGAUCAUCAUUUUGCUGUGUGUUUUGAGACUGACUAUGAUGAGGUACCAUUUACAAGCUUACUUAAAUUUAGCACAGAAAUGUGUGGAUCAAAUGAAGAAGGAAGCUGGCAGAAUAAGUACAGUGGAGCUACAGAAAAUGGUGGCUCGAGUAUUUUAUUACCUUUGUGUUAUUGCACUACAAUAUAUGGCUCCUCUUGUAAUGCUUCUUCACACAACACUGCUUCUGAAGACUUUAGGUAACUAUUCAUGGGGAAUAUAUGAAGACGCAUAUUCAUCAGCUGAAGCUGCACAAACAUCUGCUUUUUCUGAACUUCCAUGUCCAAAUGAAAAUACCAAAGCAACAGUUGCCCAAAUUACCGUGGCUUUGGGUGGACUUAAGAAUAUUUUCACUCCUCUGCUUUUUCGAGGCCUCCUGUCUUUUCUUACCUGGUGGAUUUCCGCUUGCCUUUUUUCUACUAGUCUUUUUGGUUUGUUUUAUCAUCAGUAUUUGAUUGUAGCAUGAUAUAUGUCAUGAAAUUUAAACGUAAAGGACCAAGAUAAGACAAGAAGCUGAAAUGCGUACGGCUUAUGUCUGGAUGCAAAUUUAUCGUUAUGCUACAUAUCCUGUUUCAGUCUUUUCUCAGUUUUCUCAGGGUGGUUAAUGUAUAAAAUCUCUGUUAUAAGAUUACUAUUAGUUACCUCAGAGGAAGAAGUCAAACACUUGAUUCUGUUCUA